AUGAGAUUAGGCAAAGUCAAGGUGAAAAAUGCAUCUGCUUUCGGUGAGGAUUCCGAUGACGACACCGAACAAAAGUCGAGGGAAUAUGUAAGGAAGGAAAAGUUGUCUCCGCAGUCAGAGGAGUUCCAGUAUGACGAAGUCUACGAAACACUAAAGAAACCUACCCAGCAGGCAACAAAAGAGGCUCGAAAACCUAAAUACAUUAAUAAGCUGCUUGAGAGCAAAAAGCUACGAGAACUUGAACGCUUGGAGCAGCAGCAGGAGAGAAUUGAGCGCCAGAAUGAACUACUGAAAAAAGACAUGGAAGCCACAGAAGUCUUCAUUUCCGAUUCGUACAAAAAGCAUAGGCAAGAGGUUGCCGAUAAACUUGGUAAGCCAAUCAACUUGAAUUCAGUUCUUGAGCAUUCGAGCCCCACUGAUGUAACUGAAAAAUCUCCCGAAUCGGUAGCACGGAAUUCGGUAAACGGAACCUCUCCGCGAUCUCUUCAGAAGGCCAUACAAGAACUAAUCAGCUCGAGAUUGACUCCUGACGAUAUUGAACAGUAUCGCAAACGUUACUUCGAAAGAAAACGAAAAUUACAAAACGCGAUCGCUUUCGAAAAAGCUAUGUAA